UGUUUUGAAAAUUUGUAAUUAAACCUGAUGAGGUGUUCUUUUCAUUUCACAGGAAAUAUGGAAAAUCUUGUUUGCUCUAUUUUGCAUUAUUGAACUAAUAUACAUGUUGGUUUAUGAUAUUUAUCAAUGGAUUGAGAGAAGAUACUUAUUUCGUCAGUGGCAACAACACCAGCAGGACUAUCUGGAAAAUGACUUUAAAUAUUGCAGCCAGACUUUGCCACAGGAACAAGCUUUUCUAAAGAAAAGGCUGGAGAAAGUGACUAAAAUGAAACCCCUUGAUCACCCAACUUUUUGGAGAUUAGUCAACUGGUCAUGUUAUAUUGUGUUGCUGCUUAUUUUCUUCAUCCUGGUUGGCCAUGUGGUAUUUACAAAAGAGAUAAUAGGAAACAAUUUUCAAAAACUUGCCACUAUUGUCAUGAUUUUCCUCUGGCUACGCGGCACGAAGCACUUCUAUGUAAUUAGUUUUGUUGGACCAAUUAUCCUUAUGCUUCAUGAAAUCUCCUAUCUUCUGUUGAAGUAUCUGAUUAUGUUUUGCGAAAUGUUUAUCCCAUUUACGGCUGCCUUUUUAUUUAUUUUCACAGGAAUUUCACAAUAUACUAAUUCAUCUCCCUCGCUAAUCUUCACGGUUUUGCAAAUUACAAUUGUUCAUCAUUAUGGAUAUUCAGAAUUUCAAGAAAUCGAUCCCAUUAUGAACUAUAUUCUGGUUUGCCUAUUAAUAUUUGGAAGUAUUGUGUGUAAAAGCUUAGUUAUUGGCAUGCUGACUAAAGUCUUUUUGAGUACACAAGAUAAGAUCUCAAAUAAAAUAACUAUGGAACGAAUGGCUGUUCUGGUGCAGAGAGACAAUAGUUGGUUCUUCUAUUAUGAUCAUCAGGCGGCACAUUAUUUUAUCUGUAAACUAUGUAUGCCUCUAAUAGUCCGUGAUGUUGACUACUCUGUAGCUUGUUAUCUUAAAGGAGCUUUCGCGGUAAUCACAAAACAGCUCCAUGAUAUUGAAAUAUUUCUGAAGACAAGGAUAGUAAAUUUUAAAGGUAUCGGUGGUAUACGUAAAAGGAAGGAAGAGGAAUUAAAUUUAUUCACAAUUGAACAUGAUGUGAAUGUUCUACAAAAAAGGUUGAUGAGGAUGACUAGUUUGAGAGAAAAGAAAAAUCAGCUCAUUUCCCUUCAACUGCAAAUCAUAUUCUGUUUACUGGAAAGAAUGAGAGCUACCACUGAACCUAUAUCCUCAAAUCAAUAAGAUUAAAAUCAUUGUGCUAUUGAGUACACUUAGUAAUGAAAUAAUCUUAGUAUUUAUUACGAGCUUAAUGAAAGCCAAGAUUUUUUUACGACUAUACAGUACAUCCUCAGCUGUCCAUCUGCUCCAGCAUACAGUACUCUUGAUAGCUUUAUCUAUAUACUAAAGUUUUAAGAUUCAUAAUUAUUCCCAUGAUUCAUAGAAAAGUACAGAGUCAUCUGGUGCAACCACGCCUCAUCCUUAGCAAUGUUAUUGAACAUAAAUUCUGCAUAUAAAUCGUCUUUAAAUAAUCUAAUCAAACUAUUUAUUUGCAAUGUUAGUAGCCUAGUUAUAAAACACAAGGAUUAAUGAAAAGCACCCAUUGUUGCAGAACAAAAUGAUUCCUGUGAUUUAGUUAACCUGUGAAAACAACCUGGUUAGAAAAGGCACAAUCUAAUAAUGGAGAUUGCUGCGGCAUUGAUCAGCAAAGCUCUCCAAAAUUGUAGUAGCUGUGCAAAAUUAAAUUUAGAACGUAAAUAAAAAAUACAGGACAAAAAUAACCUAAUAAAGCCAUUCAUAUCCUUUAAGUAAAGUUGUACACUCUAGCAAUCUGUCAGUUGUAUCUUCAUAUGAAUUAAAUUAUUUUCUUGUUACUAUAUAUACUGGGAAAAGUAUAUUAAAAUAAGAUAAAUCUUAGAAAAUGGACUGAAUCUUGCUUUCUACAGACAGGAUGUAUGAACAAAUAAUGAUGAACAGAUGCCGGUAUACCAGAACCAAACACAGUCAGUCAAUGAGGGAAAAAUAUGUACAAAUCCAGAAUCAACAAACUUACCCCCGGGUAGGCGAAAUUUACCCCCUGGUAAAUAUCUGAGACAUUUCAAUUUCAAUCACAUCACAUCACAUUUCAAUCACAUAGCAAAAUUUAGCUGCUUUACUGAGGGGCAUUUCCAGUUGCAUUUUGGGAGUGGGCAGGGGGAGAUGAGUGAGAAUCAAACACUUCACUUUCAGCGAGACCCAAACAAAUCAUUUUGAUUGCAUGGCUUCUCCCGAUACCUUGAAUAUUGAUGGUUUAGUAUUGGAGGUCAUAUAGGCAGAUAUACCCUUGAUACUUGACAAGUUUUUGAAAUUGGUAGAUUAUGGAACAGAAUUGGUGAUAUUCCUGAUGGGCAGAUAUAUGGUGCAGAUAUAUAUCACACACAGGAUUUUUUUUUAAAUUGAAGUCUUUUGUGAGCCCUCAUACUAUCAAUUUAUUCCCCAACGUCUGCUAGAGA